AUGCAGAAACCAGUUCCGAGAAAGAUGUACAUCCUUGUACCUGACAAGCCUGCUCAGAUCCAGAACGAGAGUGCGAUGGCAGCCAAAACCAUAUCUUCUGUGAUAAGAACCUGUCUUGGGCCUCGGGCAAUGCAGAAAAUGGUACUGACAAAAAUAAAUUCGAUAGAACUUACCAAUGACGGAAAUGCCAUUCUUAGGGAGCUCGAUGUUGCACAUCCAUCGGCAAGAUCUCUCAUAGAACUAGCAAAGACGCAGGAUGAUGAGGUGGGUGACGGAACAACAUCUGUCGUACUUCUUGCAGCUGAGAUUCUGAAUGAAAUGACCUACAUAUUAGACAAGGAUGUUCAUCCAAUAAGAAUAUGCAAUGCAUUGAACAAGGCGCUCUUGGCCUGUAUCAGGGUGAUUGACGAAGUAUCUAUAUCUCUAGACUCUAGUGAGGAAGCAAGGAUCAAAAUAAUCGAUGGGAGCGUAGCAUCCAAGGUUUGUAGCAUGUUUAAAGUCCCCAUUGGAAAGAUUGCUCUGGAAACUGUGAAAAAGAUUUAUAUAAAGGAAGAGAAUAAGUGCGACCUCAAGAACAAUGUGAAGGUAGAAAAAAUACUUGGAGGGAGCCUUAUGGAGUCUGAGGUGAUGGAUGGAAUACUCAUCAAUAAGGACAUUAUACACCCACAGAUGAGAAGAGUCAUUGAGAACCCAAGAAUUGUUAUAAUCGAGUCUCCUCUUGAAUACAAAAAGGGAGAGAGCCAGACAAGCUAUGAGUUUUCCAAGGAAAAUGAUUUUACUAGAGCGCUUGAGAUUGAAGAAGAGCAAGUUCGUGAGAUGUGCGAAAAAAUAGUUGCAGUAAAGCCGGACAUUGUAAUAUGUGAGAAGGGUAUUAGUGAUCUUGCUCUGUCAAUUUUCUUCGAAAACAAUAUUACAGGGCUCAGAAGAUUGAAGAAAACCGAUAUUUCUAGGCUGAGCAAGGCAUGCGGAGCACGAUCGGUGAACAGGCCGGAGGAUCUUGAAGAAAAGCACAUUGGGGUAUCCUGUGGGCUGUUUGAAUAUGUUAAGUACGGAGAGGAAUAUUAUUGCAAGUUCAGCAAAUGCAAAAAUCCAAAAGCUUGCAGUGUCAUAAUACGUGGCCCAACAAAAGAUAUUCUCGAUGAGCUUGAGAGAAACUUCAUGGAUGCAGUCAAGGUUGCAAAGAGCAUAUUUAUCAGUCCUAAACUCUGCCCGGGAGGCGGAGCUGUGGAGAUGGCAAUGUCACGCGAGCUAAUGCGGCAUCCUGGAAACGAUGAGAUAGAAGCCGAAGUUUUUUCAAGAGUGGCUUCUGCGUUGACAAUUAUUCCCUCGAUACUCCUUGAAAACUCAGGGGUCUUCAAUCCUCUGGAGGCCAUUACUCUCCUAGAGAAAAAGCAUGAGGAAUGCUCUUUUUAUGGGGUCAAUGGAAUAACCGGGGAGAUUGUCGAUACAAGAAAUGUUGUGCUUGAGCCAUAUGCAGUGAAGAGCCAAUGUAUCAAAUCCGCCAUUGAGGCAGUAUCGCAGCUUCUAAGGAUUGAUGGGAUAAUCGAAAGUAAGCGUUGA